UCGUUGUUCACUAGAAGCUACUCAUGGUGGAGGCCAUGGCUAUUAGGUUGGAGACCAUUGCUAGUAACAAGAAGCUACUAGUUAGCUAUUUGCCACGGCUACAUAGUAAUGGCUACAUGCUAAAACACACGUGCCGAAAGAAAGACACGUGCCGAUUACCUACAUGUGACCGCAGCUGCGAAGAGGUCCCAUCUUUCUGGCCGUAGAUUGUGCAAAAGAGUGGGCUCCGGGACUUUCUCCGGGUGCUUCGAAAUACAUCAGAAGGCUUCGUUGAGAAGGUCGUUGUUUGAGGGAUUCACCAUGUGCAACGUGGGACCUUCAUUGUCAGAUGUCGAACAGAAGCUUCAGGAAGCGCAGAAGAGCAUGGCUGAGGCACUUGAGGAUUUUGAAAAGAAUGAAACGGCCAAGUUCCAUCAGAUCUACGAGUCCUUGCAAGACCUUUGCACCAAACAGUUCAAGCUCGAAGAAAACGUCGCAGCCAUUGAGUCAGAGAUGAGAACAGCUUUCAUGACACAGAUGGUCCCCAUGGUCAUGUGCCCACAGCUCAUGAGCCAGAUGCCGCUAAUGGGCAUGAAUGUCCCCAUGGGCGGCAUGCAGAUGAUCGGAAUGAACGGAGGCACCGUGAUUCCCGCGUUCCCGACCUCUCCCGGUGGAACCGCCGAAUCCGCUAUCGCCUUCAACAAGCUCUCGAACGGAACCGAGGUCCACACAGAACGGACCGAGCGGACCGAGAGCACGGAGGCCGAAACUCCCUCCAGCACCGCCAUGAAAGACGUGUCCUUCGAGAAAGAGAUGAAAGAGUCGGGGCCAAACGAAGAGAAGGUGACGAAUGAGUGAAGCAGAUGAUGUUGCAGCAAGAGUUGCAAGAAGUGUGGAUGUCAAGUGAUGUCAAGUAGUGAGAAUACGAUGUCAAAUGUGAUUGUAUAGUAGCAGAAUGCCAUGGAGUAGGCCACUGGGCCUCGUUUUGACAGCUCUCCAGAAGCUGUACCACUCCCUCUGGGCACUGCAAUUCAGGGUUGUGACUGAAGCGUCGAAACCGAAAA